AUGGAUCAUUCAUCACAGAAUGAAGAAACAGCUACAAUAGAUUAUUCUAAUUUUCUAUAAGCCAAACCAUCAAAACAAAAUAUUGCAUCUACCUACUUAGAGACAACUAUUUUCUAAAUACUAAAAAAUCAUUCAGAUGUAUUCAUCUUUAAUGAUUUUGAAAUUUAUGAUUACGAAAGUGGUGAUAGAGCCAUUGUCCAACAGAAUGGAAUUCUGAUUGGCUCAGGUGGACAUGGAGAAGUGUAUUACACUUAUAACCCAUAAACUAAUGAAUAAACCGCAUUAAAAGUUUAGAAUAAUUGUUCCUUUAAUGAUGUCAUUCAAUAUGCUGAGGAGUUCAAAAUACAAAAAUUAAUAGCAAACAUCUUCCCCGAUUGCAUAAUUAAGAUAUAAGGUAAAGUUUUUAUUGCUCAAAAUUAUGUUGAUAGUUACAAGAUGCAUGCUUAUUUGGACUUAGGAAUGGGAAACUUAAAAGAAUAUCAAGACAAAAUUAAAGAAUUUACUGAGACUGAAAUUGAUGAUAUUUACUAUUGUAUUUUGGAUAGUAUUAUAAAUAUUCAUUCACUUAAAAUAGCUCAUCGUGAUAUAAAAUUAGGUAAUAUUAUAAAGACAAAAGAUAAUGGAUGGGUCUUAGCUGAUUUUGGAUGUUCAACUUAAUAUAAAACACCUUAUGGAGAAUAUCCAAUAGUUGGCACUAUUUAAUAUUAAGAAAAAUCAAUUAGAUUAGCUUAUUAAUAAAGUAAAAGAAAAUACAAAAUGAACUUAUUUAAAAAUGAUAUUUAUGCCUUCUAAUUAGUAAUGCUCUAAAUUAUUUAUCCUCAAAAAUCUAUUUUAGAUUUGCAUACCAUUUUGGAUGAGAAGAAGAUAAUACAUCCAAAAAUUAAUUAACUAUAUAAUAAAGAUUAUUAUACUAUUAAAAAAGAUUUUAGUUAUAUUAAAUUCAAUAGAAAAAAAUUAACUACAAAAUACAAUUUUAGUGUUAUCAACUUAGAUGGAGCAAAAACAAAUAUACAAAAUGAUCCAUUUAUAUAUUUCGUCUUUACUUAUUUAUCAUCUUUUAAAUAAUUAAGAGUAUUUCAAACUAUUUUCAGAAAAAUUGCAUUUUAAGAAUAUCAAAAAAAGGAAAUCAAUUCGAGUAUUACCUAAAAACUUCAAAACUUACAUUUUUAUUAUUUUUAAUAUUUUACAGUUUAAGAAAUCUAUGAUUCUAUUAAAUUUGAAGAAUUGUCAAAAUUAUCAUAUGACUUAUAUUUUGAUAUUUUUGAAAAAAGAGGCUCUAAACUUUUAUAGUUAAUGCUAUGUCAAAGAUAUUAAGAGAUAUUGGGAGACUAGAAUAGUAGUCUAAGAUUUUAAGAAGCGGAGCUACUUUAUAUCAUGGGUUUUUGGGAUGAAGCAAAAUAAAUCGUUAACAGUAUUGAUUAUCCAUAAGAAUUAGAGAGCGAUGAAUAAAUUCUUAAAUAUUGUUGUCUUAAGGCUCGAUUAAAUAAUUAAUGGGCUGAAAAUCAUGAAGAUAUUAUACACUAUGUAAGAAAUUAUAAAGAUUGUUAUUAAGUAUUAUUUGAGUGGAAAUUCUUAAUGAUAGAUUCCAUUUGGAUAGAUAGAGCAAAGAAAUAAUUAAAUUAAAUCUACAAAAAAUUUUAUUAUCCAAAACGUAAUAGUGUUAAAUAAAAUACUAAUAGUCAACCUACAUAAGAAACAAUUGAGAUUAUUAAUAUAAAUAAAUAUCUUGAGAAACCAUCUUUCGAUUAGGAUAAUCCAAAGUUUUUAAAAUAUUUAAGCCAAUUAAAGAAGCCACUUUCAUAAGUUUAAUUAAUGAAAGAAUAUUUGGAAUAUGAUAAUUAUUCAAUAUUUUAUUAUUGUUGGUUAUAUCUGGAGGGAACUGAUAUUGUUGGAGAGAAAUAUAGAUAUAAUUUAGAGGAAUUUAUAAAUUUUAUAGAAGAGAAUCUUGAAGGUUAUUAUUUUAAUUGGGUUAUUUUUGAUAUAUAUUCUGAAUAUCUAACAUUAAAAAACGAAUUUAAAAAGGCAGAGGUUUAUAAUUAAAAAGCUUUGGAUAUAGUUAAAAAUGAUUGUAUAUAUCAUUAAGUAGUACUUUAUCAUCAUUUAUUAAGAUUAAGAAUAAAAUAAACUAAUAGUGUAUGUGAAUCGACUCUUAAGCUAAUUAUCAAUUUUAUUUAAUAGCUGCCAUCACCUAAUUUGAGAUUUUAUUUUUUAAAUUUAAUAGAAGAAGAAGUGAAUAAAUCAUAAAUGAAAAUUAAAUAGUAACUACCAUGGUUCUAUGUAUCUUUAGACCAAGAGACUAGAAAGAAUAUUGAAUUAUAAACGAAAUAUUAAUAAAAUAGGCAUUAGUUUAUGAAAGAAUACAACUUUAAUAAAUUAAAAUAAAAUAUGGAAGACCUAUUGCCAAUUUUUAUUGAAAUGUGUUAGGAUGAAGUAAUUCUUGAUUUUCAUAAUUUGAUUGGUGUUGCUUAAGAAACAUACUAAGAGAUUUUUUUGAUUUUAAAUCUAAUCUUUAGAUUGCUAUAGUAUAAAAUAGUAUACCAAUAAUUAGGGUUUUUAUAAUAAGCUUUUCCAUUAGAUUAGAAAGAAGAGGAAUAAUUAUAUAUAAUUCAUGUUUUAUAAAAAAAGAAAGAAAAAAUAAAGGAACUAAAAGCAAUUUUAAAGUUUUAUUAUUAUUAUUAAAGUUAAUUAUGA